ACCACCGCCUCUCCGGCAGGUGGCGCUGCGGCCCCGCGGCGCUGUUCGCUGUUUCCCCUGCAGAUCAGAGAGAGAGCGACCGGCCGGCGGUGGCAGACCAAAAUACAAACAAUGGGCAAGAAGCACAAAAAGCACAAGUCCGAAAAACACGGAUAUGAAGAGUACGGAGAGAGACCGCUGAAGCUGGUGCUGAAAGUGUCUGGGAAUGAAGUGACGACGGGAAGCUCGAGUCGGGACACUUUCUACGACGAGCAGCCGGCAGAUACUGACAAACCGAAGGAGAAGAAGAAGAAAAAGAAGAAGGAUAAAGAGAGGAGCCUCGGCUCACCAGAGGAUGACAGAGGAAAGAAAAAGACUCCAAAGAAGAAGAAAGGACAGGAUGCAGAUGGAGAGGAGGACCGAGAGCAGAGCAGAACUCCUAUCCGCUCAGAGCUCGAUAAACUGGAAGCAGAGAAGGAACAAACUCCACUGCAGGAAGCUUUGAACCAGCUCAUCAGGCAGCUCCAAAGGAAAGAUCCCAGUGCUUUCUUCUCCUUCCCGGUGACGGACCUCAUCGCUCCCGGCUACUCCUCAAUCAUCAAACGGCCCAUGGACUUCAGCGCAAUGAAGGACAAAGUAAAGAAAGAGUGCUACCAGUCACUCGAUGAACUCAAGGCGGAUUUCAGGAUCAUGUGUGAGAACGCCAUGAUUUACAAUAAACCCGAGACCAUUUACCACAAAGCAGCUCGGAAACUGUUACACUCCGGGAUGAAGAUCCUGAGCCAGGAAAGACUGGACAGCCUGAAGCAGAGCAUAGAGUUCAUGUCCGGCCUCGACCCUUCUGCCAGACAGCCAGUGAAGUCUGAGGAACAAGGGGGCACCGGUCAGGACCAGAACAAAGACAGACCCAUGACCUCGGACACCAGCGAUCGCUCCCAGACACCCAGCACUCCCAGACAGGAUAAGGACUCCAAGGACGAAGCGGCAAAGGCAGAGAAAGAGCUGGAGGAAAUCCGCAAGGUUAUCGAAGACUCGGGAGGAAAGCUGUCCAGCAGAGUGCUGCAGUGUGAUUUGGAGUUUGCGAGGCGGAAGUCUGACGGCUCCACCACUCUGGCCAUCCUCAACCCAGCAGAACCGUCGGUGGGAGAUGCUGGUUACUGUCCUGUGAAACUCGGCAUGAUGUCCAAUCGGCUGCAGAGCGGCGUGAACACCCUGCAGGGCUUCAGGGAGGACAAGAGGAACCGGGUUACUCAAGUGUCCUACAUCAACUACGGGCCCUUCACCUCCUACGCUCCCACCUACGACUCCAGCUUCGCCAACAUCAGCAAGGAGGAGUCCGACCUCAUCUACUCUUCUUACGGCAACGAGUCCAGUCCGCGGGGCUCAGACAGCUUGACAGAGUUCCUGGCCAACUCAGAUGAGUACGUGUACAAACUGGCGGACAAUCUUCUGGACGCAAUAACCAACGGAGAGCAUUCGAAAACCCUGAAGCAGAACGAACCGCAGGUGGAGACGGCAACAAAUACACAAGGGGACAAGAAUGAGAUGGAGGUAGCUGAACCCGAUGCAUACUACAGCAACCGGCUGGACUUCCUGUACUCGGUUACAGGCCUGCAGAAGCCUGAAGAGCUCACUGGAGAGGCUCUGCAUUUCCAGCAGAAGUUGGACGAGACUACAAAGCUGCUGCGUGACUUGCAGGAAGCACAGAAGGAGCGUCUGAGCGCCAAGCAGCCACCUAACAUGAUUUGCUUGAUGGCCCCGACUCAGAAGGAGAUGGAGCUGGCGGAGAAGGUGACGGGGAACCUGGCUGAGCUGACCGGUCAAGUGGCUCCAUGUGACGUCAGCAGCGUGUACGGCAUCAGGAGGGCCAUGGGCAUCGCUCUACCUGCAGAACCACCCGAGCCCUUCAUUGACCUCACCACUGUGCAGGGGAUGGCUGAACCGAUGGAGACCUCGUCCAGUUGUCAGGAUGCUGUUCCGGUGCCUCCGGUAUAAUUAAAUUCCACCCACACGUUCUACAGCUGAAUAACUUAAGUUUUGUACGAAAGGUGCUUUUUUUCUGUGAGACAUUUGUAUGCAUUUCAAUUAAUAAACCUUCUUUUUUUUAAUAUA